GUCCAAGUGGUCUAGAUGAUAAAUAAUUAUGUAAUUUCAUAUGGUUUCCGCUGCUACGGUUCCGCACACACACUAUUAAAUUAUUUUUCUUUUUUUUCAGAAUGACGCUGAACCUCUAGAUUAUACCAUGGACACGCUUUUACUGGGCCGUCAACAGAGCAGUAAUGCCGGCGGAUCUCCGAACUACGACCACGGCGUCGCAAGCAGCGACGACGACUUCCCCUCGACGUCCACGCCGAUGGGGGCGGUCCGACGCAGCGGGGGCAGCAGCGGUGGCCUAUCCGUGAGCAGCGAACCGACUCCCACCGGGUGCAGUGGAGGCAGAUCGAAAGCCACCCCUUCCGCUCUCUAUCAUGGUAGUUGGCCGCAUGUGGAGAGACCGAUGUGGAGUUCGGAACCCACCGGAAUCGGAGCCAAGGGGCACCACAGAGAUGGGGGCAGAGCGGAUCAUUUGGGAAAUCAGAUGGUGAGUGAGGAGGUAACAAGCGUGAUGAGCUUCGCCUCAAGUUCCGGCGGCGCCCCGCUGGAUCGAUCGUUAGGCAGUCCAGAAAGAAAGUGGCCUUCACAACAACUGGAGGCCAAAAUGGACGUCGUUCAUGGCCUACUGGCCGUCUUGGCGGGCCAAGAGCGAGUAGAUAUGGGUGAAACGCUCUUGGCCCUCAGUGGGUGCCCAGAGAGCUGUUUGGCUAUGCGUCAAUCAGGUUGUAUUCCUCUCCUAGUCCAACUAGUGCAGUCAGACAGGGACGCCGAGACAAGGAGAAAAGCCUCUCAAGCACUGCACAACUUAGUCAAUUCACAACCCGAUGAAAAAUUACGAAAACGGGAGAGCAGGGUAUUGAAACUGUUAGACCAAUGUAGAGCUUACACUGAAGCCUUACGAAACGGGACCGAGUACCAAUCUCCUGACAGUACUAAUUCAGAAGAUAAUGACAAACAUCCUGUACAAACAGUGGCGCAUCUGAUGAAACUGUCAUUUGACGAAGGUCAUAGGCAAGCCAUAUGCCAGUUGGGAGGGAUACAUACCAUAGCUUCCAUUGUUGAGACUGAACACUCGAAACACAGUAGCACCAGUGAGCAACACCAAUGCGUUCUUCUAAGGAGAUACGCUUGUAUGGCCCUCACCAACCUCACGUUUGGAGACGGUGGAAACAAAGCAUUGUUAUGCAGUUUACGAGACUUUAUGCGCACUCUGGUGGUACAACUACGCAGUUCUAGUGACGAGCUUAGACAGGUGACGGCCAGCGUCCUCCGAAACUUAUCCUGGCGCGCAGACUCCACCUCAAAAGAGGUGCUGCGCGAGGUCGGCUCAGUGACUGGCCUGAUGAAGGCCGCCAUGAUGGACAACAAAGAAAAUACUCUAAAAUCCAUUUUGUCCGCCUUGUGGAACCUGUCUGCCCAUUGCACGGAAAACAAGUCGGAGAUUUGCGCGGUAGAGGGCGCUCUAGGUUUUCUGGUGGACAUGCUGACGUACAAAACGCCGUCCAAGUCGUUGGCUAUCAUUGAAAAUUCGGGAGGGAUAUUGAGGAAUAUUUCUAGUCAGAUUGCGGUCAGGGAGGAUUACAGGGAGAUUUUGAGGAAGCACAACUGCCUCCAGAUUCUCCUCGACCAGCUGAAAUCGCCAGCCUGACCAUCGUAAGCAACGCGUGCGGCACCUUGUGGAACCUCUCGGCGAAAUCCUCGGCAGACCAAGAAGCCCUCUGGCAGAUGGGCGCCCCGGCGAUGCUUCGCAGCCUGAACCACUCGAAGCACAAGAUGAUCGCGAUGGGUUCCAGCGCUGCUUUGAAGAACCUGCUAAGCGCCAAACCGCAGCAGGGUCUCACGCCGCAGCUGGACUCCACAGCGUUGGCGCUGGACCUUCCGGCGUUGCCGACUCUCGGGGCGAGGAAGCAGAAAGCGCUGUUGCAGGAUCUCGAUCAGAGUCUUAGCGAAACGUACGAGAACAUUGAUAAGGAUUCGCCGGUUAAGAAGAAAGAUAAGGAAGGGUUCAUGGAUUUCUUGCAGGAUUCUAGAAGAAAAAGCAAAUGCGGCCACUCAAGCAGCACAGAGUUCAUCAACGAAGCCCAGCUAAGCAGCAACUUCUCCAGCCUGAACCUGAACGAACCCUCCACAAGCUACACGAGCGACCUGCGACCCCAAACCAGACUGCCGCAGGCCUUCGGCAGUUCCAGUUUGCCAUACAUGACUCCUCCUAUCAAAAGGCCCAAUCCGUGUACUUAUAUCCCAGUGCGGAACAAAUUUUCAGAUUGCGCGUACGAGGACGAGAUCGAUAUUACCGAUCAACCGAUUGAUUAUAGUCAGAAGUAUGCAGAGACUAAGUUGGCAGUAGAGAAUGUUGACGUGUCUCCAAGUUCAGAGCGUGAUUUUUCGUUUGGGAAACAGCAAGCUGAAAAGGAAAGCUUCAGUAUAUAUGCGGAGACCGAUCUGGAUCAACCGACGGAUUAUUCGUUGAGAUAUGCCGAGGACGACUCCGACUCUGAUAUUUGCAAUAAAAUCACCAAGACGGAACCUCAAGAAUUUGUGCAAGAUACCGUGAAGACUUAUUGCACAGAAGAUACACCCUACGAGACACCGUUCAACUUUUCAACUGCAACUUCUAUGUCAGACUUGCGUAUGGACGAAAAGCAGAUUAUCGAUAAUGAUAAAAUGAAGAAAGAAGAACACAAAAUCAAGAAGGAAGUAACUAAAGAUGUUGAAGAGAAAGAGCGCUGUUCAACCGAAGAUAUCUCAGAGAAAAAUGACAAAAUACCAAAAUCAGAGCUAAGUUCAGGGCUAAUGUCACCUGAGAAACCUGUAAACUAUGCUGAGGAAGGAACACCCGGUUACUUCAGCAGAGUCAGUAGUUUUGGAUCAUUGAAUGAGAUGAAGAACGAAUCAAAGGAUGCUGAUAAAACGAUUGUUGAAGCUGCUGAUGAUAAAAAUGAAGAAAAGCCGGCGCUAAAAGCCACUACGACAGAAACAAAAGCUGUGAAGUUUGAGCAAGUCGCAGAUUGUGCUGAAGAAACACCUUUAAUGUUUUCAAGGUCAAGUUCCUUAGCAUCCUUGGACAGCGUCGAACAGCAUUCUAUACACGACGACAUUAGCUCAGUGAUAUCAGACUUCAGCCGGUUAACAAGCGGUAUAGUCUCUCCCAGCGAGUUACCCGACUCCCCAACCCAGACCGUACCUCCCAGUCCUAAACCAAGGAAAACCUCCAUGGAGUUCCCCUCAACGUCGCGGAUAAGGCAAAGAGUACCUAGACCGCCUCCCAAACCGAGUAUUUUCGAAGACAACGUUACCAAGUUUAAGGAAGAAAGCACUCCUAUUCAGUUUUCUACGGCGACUAGCUUGAGCAGUUUGACUAUCGACGAUCAUGAGGAACCGAAAGAUGAAACCGAUACCAGCAAUAAGGUGUCAGAGCCAACACUUGAUGUACCCAACACUAGUCAAAAUGAUGAAGGAAUUGAGAAGAAAGAUGCGGAGAAAGAAACCAGCGGGUCAGACGGCAAUGACGAAUUCGUUCCGGAAUCUGAAGAUGAUGGAGAUGAAGACAUUUUGGCUGCUUGCAUCAGUGACGGAAUGCAGAAUAACAGUGCUUCUCAAGCGGCUCCGACUGCAUCGUCGACGCCUACCAGUAAACUGUGCAACUUCAAAUUUGCUCCAAAACCAUCUCAUGUUACCAAUAUACCGAUGAGAAGGAGCAGUCCAAGAGGAGCGGUACCACCAGUGAGACAUCCUAUUGAUGAUGGCCCGUUAGUUGUAAGAAUAAACAGUGAGCUGAGACCGGCAAAUGAUACGUUAAAAACUUAUUGUACAGAAGAUACGCCAGCUCAUCUAAGUCAGGCUGGAUCAAAUUCAGAUCUCAGUCUGUUAUCCAUUGAGAAGGGGGGCAGAAAAGGAGAAUAUUCUUCGGAUGAAAGCAGUAAUCUAUCUGGUGAUAACGACAACAUCCUGGCCGAGUGCAUCCAAUCCGGCAUGCCACAGGUCAAGAAAUCUGCCACCACCGACACAGACGUGUCUUCCACUUGUUCGACGAUACCGAUACGGCCUUCGAGUGCCCUGUAUCGGCCCCCCGUCACUGGCGAAGCCAUACCGGUGAAGCACCCAGCUGUAGCGUUAGCGUGCGCUAAAGACGAACUGGCCAGUUACGCGGUCGAGAAUAGUCCGUGUCAUUUCUCGCUUAGGAGCAGUUUGAGCGAUUUGACUGUGGACGGGAGCGUUGCAGGAUUGAAAAGACCAGCCACAACAACCAACAGGGCAAACCCUGCUAACGAUGGAGAACUACUGACAAAUCAACCAGUUGAUUCAAAUAUCGCGAGAGAGCGCAGGGAAUCGUUGUCUUCCGUCAGUGUUGAAUCUUUGGGAUCCUUGGAGGCCGAGCAAGCGUUAUUGGAGCAGUGUAUUUCGUCCGGAAAGCCGAAAAGCAAAUCACCAAUAAAGUCCAUUGAAACAUUUGGAGCCAGGUCUUGCAGAACAUCAUCAGUCCCGUCAGCUCCGCCAGCGGCACCACCACCCACCGCCCAUUUGUCAUCGCCGCCUCCAAAAAACGUGAAUGCUGCGUCUGCUGCCGCGAGCACGCCGCCGCCAUCGUCCGUCCAAUCGCGGCCGCCCAUCCUGCAGGGGGCGGUCAGCGACCUAGACCGACGGGAGGAGGCCGGAGGCGGGGAGACCCGCGCGGCGGCAGGCGUAGCAGACGCCGAAAGGGUGAUGGUUCAGGGACAGGAGAGGACGAGGAGCAACAGUACGUCGAUGCUUCAGCGCGAGGAGCAAGCAGAAGGCAUGCAUGCGGCAGAUCUCGUGAAGAAUGGAUCUAACAAAUCUCUACCAAAACUGCUGGAAACCGCGUUCGAUAACAUCGUACUCGAGGACUGUUUAGCAAGAAGUUGUGAGGAAUCAAAAAUCGUAGACAAUAGGAUGUUGGAUCCUGAUGCUAUGAUCGAAUCUUUGGAUCGAUUUACCGCCGAGUUGGUGUCUCAGGCAAGCCACUUGAAUAAAGAUGAUGAUAAGUACAACAAAAUGCGCACUUCUACCGGAGAUAGUACCUGGAACGACGAUACCUCGACGAAUGACAUCACUUUCCCCAGCAUCUCCGGUAGCGCCCCAAAUGUGAUAACGUUCAGCAAUGAAGAUGAAGUGCCAAAGAAGCAAAGUGACGCAACGGAUGUUGACCAACCAGAUGGCCAAGGUCAAAGUGGAGAACCUUCUAAUGACUUUUCGUCUAUUAAUACUUCCACGUUGACGGAUAGCACGUUGAUCGCUAUGGAGGCUACAAAAAUAGCAACUGUUUUUAAGAAUGAGGCAGAGAUGUCUCUGAGCAUAACAAGCGCCGCAUCUUUGGAGCUUGAUCAUGUUCAACCGCCAUCUCAACUGAAUUCCUUGACAAAUAGCACAUCGACUCCAGAACACAAGAUAACGCCAAGGAGUCCCAAGAUGAUCGUCCGAAAGAAAUCGUUGCCAUCUGGACUUAUGGUUCGCAGGGCACUUAACAACUCUCUGAAUCACGGCUCAAGCCUGGAAAGCCUCGAAAACUACAGCAUAUCAAACUUGGACCACGUGAAUCCUCCGUCUGACCUUCUGUACUGCGACAUGGAAGGAAGCAUGACCAGCGUCGCCAGUCUUCCGAGCGAGAAAGAGUUACCACAUCCGAUCUUUAGUGUCAAGCAGCCGUUCAGCGGGUCUCAAUUUGAGUUGGAGAAUAUCAAUCCGCCUUCGUUGUUCAAUGAGAUCACGGAUUAUUGUAACUCGUUGGCUGAUAUUCCUAGCGAGGCUAUAGGCACCGAAACGGAAUUUUUCGAAGACUGUAUGACACAUCUUGGUGAUUCAACGUUAAAAGAAGACCCGACAAUAGCCGAUGAUGAAAUCACAGAAUUUUCUGAUGCGCACAGCGUUACUCCCGAUCCGAUAAGUAGCGCCGAAGCAACGCCGAAGAAAACGCCUGCCAAGGCAAUGAGCAAGAGUAUGAUGACUAAACAAAGAAGGAAUCUUGCAAGAGACAGGUACAAGACUUACACUGUUGCUGCUGAAAUGGUAAUGAAGGAAGAAGGGGAAAAACAGAAAGAAAGUUGUAGUAGUAGUGCUGACAAAACAGAAGACUAUGCUACUACUAGAGAAGACCUGAACUCAAGGCAUGUAACAGAUCUGAGCAUUGACAGCACGACGUAUCCCGUGGAGCAACCGCGCCAGCUAACGCCAAAAGAACGUCGACAGGCUAACCGAUCUCGCUUCGAGACUCAAGUGUUGGACAGAGCCAUAACAAGUGCUCUUCAACAGGCCGCCGUAGGGACGCCGAAGACCGAGAGUGCCGAUCAAAGCUACGAUAGUGGAGUGCCUUCAUCGCCACAGCAACAUCACAGUCCGACGAGGAGUAAGCUGGGUAUCAGGAGGAGUUUUAUACAGAAGAGGAUGGAGAAUCGAGACAGAUUCAAGACGCAGACGUUGAGCGAAUCGAGUUUUUCUCCGGGCAGUUCCAGUGUCUCACCUCCUGUCCUGGCAGAUUGUAAUGGUUCAGAUAUCCAACAAAGAUUGCAACGCGAAGCAGAUGCCGUGCUACAAUCUCUCCAAUCGGAUGCGAGAACCACCCCCAGCGUCGACGAACAUCAGUUCAUCGAAUGUGAAACGCUCAGCUUGGUUAGCAACGACGAUGAUUCAGAGUGUAACUUUAGCGUGGUUAGUUCGUCGGUCAACUAUAGAACAUACAACCGAAGCUGGAGUACCAGAAGCAAAGGUGCUGACUCCAAGAGUGCGAUAGAUCCAGAAACUUUAACUAACGGCAAAACCACAACAGAUAUCGAACAGCUACUAGAUUUACCUAAUCCAGAUCUUGCUGGUAGUGAUGGAAUUUCAGAUGAUGAAAAUGAACACAGGAUAGGUGGUAAACCAAAAAUAGUGAAACCUUCUGAAAAGCCUGAAGAGCCAACUGUAAACGAAGAGGAGGAGCAAAUCAAAGGAAUCCGAGGAAGAAGAAAACCCCUGUACUCUAAAAGUAACAUCAAUAAAAUCACACCGAAAAGUAUAAAACCUGCAAAAACGAUGACUUCGAAUUUAGUGAAAAACGUCACAUCAGCUAUCAAGUCCAGUGCACCACUCAAGCCGUUUACCAGCAGACAAAAUAAAACAGUGCCUUCCAAGCAGGCUACAGUCCAGAACAGCAGAAAGACGACUGGAAACAACAGCAGACCCGUGAGCAGUUCCAGCUCACCAAAAGCGAGUCCUGCUAGGGUACCACAAUCGAGAUACAGUCCAAAACACACCCCAAGUGGGUCAACUGCAGGUACAAAACAAGUCGGGAACACUGCUAAAGGUAUGCCUGUGAUGGAACGUCAAGGCACAUUCACGAAAGACGACCCGGUACCCUCCCAAAGUACCGGAGUCGUACCGAGAACGACCAGUCGGAUACCGACUCCCGCAUCAUCGAGUACAAAAAUACCGCAGAUUCCGCAAAGACCACGACCCGCCAGCGUGAAUAUACCCAGGGUACCGUCUGUGGGUACUAAACCGCCUACGCCUAGAAUGCCCGCCAAGUCUGCUAGUACCGAUAGGACGAGCAAGACCUCUAGAAUAUAUAACAGAUCGACCAGUGCAGAUAGUCGCGAGGCAGUAACAGCGAGAAGAAUACAAAAUAGUCCAUCUACACAAAGUCUUAAAGGAGACGGCAAGACACAAAACGGUGCUGUGAAAAAGUCUUCUAUACCCAGCUUAACCAACAGGUCUAACAGUAACACUAGCCUGAACUCGAACGGAAGCACGAGCGCAAAGAAACAAGUGACGAGCAAAAUAGCGAGUCUGUGGAAGAAAAUUGAUGACGCUAAAAAGCAAUCGCCGAAAAAGGAUAGUCGGAUUUGGAUCCAACCUCAAACCGAGCCUGAACAGGUUGCCGAGCCGCCCAGGUUGAUCAGAAGCAACACCUUCGACAACAAAGACGGUGUUAUCAUGCGAAAUCGCGAAUCUAAUGACGAAAUUGAUCCCGAGAAAAGGGUGUCGCGAUUAGGAUCGUUUGUGGUGAUGGAUGAAAUUGAGAAUGAGGCGCCGCAAAUAUCCAAUGUUUAAAUGUGAGGUCACUUAGUAGGCUUGGACCGCAUAAUACUCUGAUAAACUCGUAAUUAAAAUGUUGAUCAACCGAAAGAAGAAAAUACUCGUGUUGACCACCGUCUUUAAGUGUCAGUGUUGAAAUAUUCAAAAUACUCCUUUAGACUGUUGAAAAAAGGAUGUGGAAUUAAGUUAACGACGUUACCAUGGCGGGUUGAAGCUUACUUACAGCAUAGAAUCUAUCUUUGUAAGUCAACUUGACUCCGAGACGUCUCCGAGGUAACGUCGCUAACUUAGUGAGCAAUAAACUUCAUCAUUGACAACAGAUAUUGAGAAGUCAUUUGAAAUUAUUCACAAAUCUGACCUGCCUCUGGAGUUUCACUGUAUUUGCAGCAUAAUUCCAAUAAAAAGUUUAGGAAUUUUUAUAUAACUUAUCGGAGUAAGGAAAGUGCUAUAGGAUCCGGGCCUAUUAUGUGGUGAAAACUUUGGUACACAGUAGGUUUUUACUGUGCCAGGUUGUCAUCUCUUCUGUUGCCAGGAAGAUUAUCUGUUUGGUUUACGUUCGUUUUGUUCAGUCUAAGUGGAAAAUAUUAAAAGAUAUCUCUUUUUGGCUACUAUCAUGCAUUUUUCUACCUACAACGCACUUUGAUGGCUCAUGUUUAUGAGUUAUUGAAAGGCAACUAUUUCUUUUCUCUUCUUCCACUUGUCUGUCUCUCUGUCUGUCUAGAACAUAUGUUAAUUGUAAUAUUGUUCCUUUUUGUGGUUGAUUGUAUUUUUAAGAUAAUCGGAGCAUAUUAGUUGUCUGAUAUACUGAUUCUAGACAAUUUUUAAGUUGUUAAAAAGCAUUUCUAGUCCAAUAUGAUUAUCACUUAGUUGUCCUUUGACUUAUGUAAAGACUGUAUAUUGUUUAUGUUUAGGUUACUUUUCGUGAUAUAUAGCUUAGACAUUACUCUAUGUGUAUAUACAAAUUAGAGAAUGAGAUCGUACACCAUCACAGUGUAGUUUUGUAAUGUUUGUAUGUAUGAUAUUUGGUAUAACAUAUAAGGCUAUAUGCUGGCAUUUAGUUUUAGUUCGAAGAUUUACUCAUUUGAAAUUAUGAAUUAUAUAUGGUUUCUUGUGAAUAAAA